AUGGACGCCCACGUGGACACAUUCAACGCGCUCAACGGCCUGAACGACGGCCACACCAUGUUCUGGUCCAACUGCUUCUUCGGCGUGGCUACCUUCGUCCUCCCGCUUCCGCUUUUCGCGGUCGUGGAGGAAGGUCAGCAGAUCGUUCGCGUCGCCACGCGCCAAUACCUGGAGCGGCUCAACGGGAUCGAUGAGGACGCGAAGAAGCUCUGGGGUUUCGAUUUUUCCGCCUACGAGUUACAGCAGGUGCUCGCCAUAGAGGGCCAGCCGGCAGUGGAGUAUAUCAAGCAGUGGGCGGACAAGCACGGCGGCAUGGUGCGCAACCCCAGUGCGCGUUUCAACAUGAUCAACACCAGCGGCCCCCACAGGCGCCAGCAGCAGCAGCCACAGGAGAAGCAGGAAGGCAAGGAGGAAGCAGGGUCGUCAAGCAACGAUGCGCAGAGCAGCGACAAGGUUGCACCCAGGAUACUGGCUGGAGAGGAGGGGGCAGCCAUCACAAUGGAGAAGGUGUCUGCUGACGAUGCCUACUACCUGGUAUCAGUGUUCGUGCUGAAACGCUAUCAAGAACCGCAUUCAACCUCCCAGCUCUCCUCUCUCUCCCCUGGCAGUCCCCCUCAACCCCCCUUAACCGCACUUCACCACUCUCACGAGUAUCUGUUGCACAACUGCACAGCAGUGAUCUGCUGCACCACGGCGAGUAAGCUGACCGUGUAUCUGGUGGACAACCGCACGGCAGUGAUAGUGCUGCACACAUUCAGCGUGGACCCCACUACGGAGGAGGAGCUCGCAGUCAGCAGGCCUGACGUGAAUCCCAUCAACUACCUCGCUGAGGAGAUUCUCAAAGCCAUGGAUACUGCCAGGAGCACCGACUGCGCGGAGGUCAUAUUCGACGUGCGCGAUAACGGCGGCGGGUACGUCACACUGGCCUCACACACAGUCGUCGCACUUCUCGGCACGCGCAACGUGCCUCUAGCGGAAGCAACCCUACCCAUGGACUUCAUUAUAGGCACCAACUUCACCUGGAGCCUCAUGGAGGAUCAGGCCAUUCCUGGCUACGUCACGAACGCGUACACUCAGCCCAGCGACGGCACGUCGCUCCUCUCGUCUGCUGAAGACUACACUCCUCUGCAAAACGUCCCCUUCUCCGUCGCCGGCCGCAUCGGCACCUAUACCGCGGAUUUUAAACUGAAUUUCGAUUAUUUCUACGGCGACUUGGCGGCGCGGCCCGACCGCACGAACCACGCCAACGACCCGCACGCGUCGAAACCGUUUAAAACGAACAUGGAUGUUUCCAUGGCGUUUACUAACGGGUACGUGGACUCCGGCGUUCCGUGCGAGUUCGAAUUUCUGCCCAGUCAGCACCACGUGGACUACACCGUAGAUCGCAUCGACAAGCCCGAGGUGAUUUGGAGCGACGUCGCGAAACUCUUCCCGGAAUUGCCGCUGCCACCGGUGAUCGCUCAGUCGCAGGCUGCAGUGUAA